AUGGCGCUGCCGCUAUGGAGCCGCCUGACGGGGCUGCGAGGUAUUCUGUUGACGGGUCGCGUGUCCAACACGCAUAGAGCGGUCACAGCCGGACUGAAGUCAUAUGAACCACCCCCGGAUUUUAACAAGGUCCAGAUGAAGGAGAAACCCAAACUACGCUUUAUGAACAGAGCUCCGGACAUAGUGAAAGUGGUGAGAGUGCCCAGGAGCCUAGGAGACAUCCGCGGCCCUGCGACAGAGGGACGGGAGUUCCAGGAAGGAGAAUAUGGCAUCUUGGCUCUGGGAGGAGGCUACUUACGUUGGGGACACUUUGAAAUGAUGCGUUUGACUUUAAACCGCAAGUUCGACAUCAACACCACCUUCAGCCUCUGGAUGGUGGAAGCGCCCACCAAGCCCAUUACUCGCAAAGGACUUGGCCAGCGUAUGGGUGGAGGCAAAGGGGUCGUAGACCAUUACGUCACCCCCAUUAAAACGGGCCAGCUUAUCGUGGAAGUGGGGGGUCGCUGCGAGUUUCAAGAGGUCCUACCAGUCCUGGAACAAGUGGCCAAGAAGCUUCCUUUCCCAGCAAAGGCCGUUAGUCGAGAGAGCCUAAAAAAGAUGCAAGAGGAAGUGGAGGAGAGAGAAAGGAACAACCAGAACCCAUGGACAUUCGAACGCAUUGUGGCGCGUAACAUGAUGGGGUGCAGGAAGUAUAUGAGUCCAUAUGACCUUCAGUUUAAGGGCAGAUACUGGGGCAAGCGCUACCUGAUAGAUCGUGUAUGAGUCUGUUCACCUGAGAGGAUA